CAACACACGCGACGGUAUUUUUCUCAAUAAAAAUUCGUUCCAAAGUGAAUUUUGACUGUGAAUGCAUUAAAAAAUAAUAAGUGAUUAGUGAUCGAAUUGUGUUUUGUUUUUUUUUUUUCAAUUGAAUAGUGAUGAAAGAAAAAUAUUUGUUUUAUAAUGAAUCCCGGAACAUCGUUUCGGGGUAUCCCAGUUAAGCUCGCCUGCUGAGCGGGUAGGAUGCGGCGGCAUGCACCGCAUCGUGCUUCUCAUGGCGGUGCUCACGAGGGCCGUCGCCCCCCAUACCAACCUUACAGGAUUACCAGCCACUGAACCAAGCUACCCGCCUUCGUCUACCAUGAUGACUCCGCCCCCUACUGUCUUCCGAAACCUCAGGGUGACCAACAAGCCAAGAAAACAAAUGAAGCACGGAAAAGUGGACUCGCCCAUGCUCAACUACAUAUUCGAUUCGUAUGCAACGAGCAAUAAGCAUUUUCAUGACAAAUUUCGUCCCCCAUCAUUUGAGGGAACAGCUUCUGAGGACACCAUAAUUGACGCUGAUACCGGGUCUACUGUCAUAUUCGACUGCAAAGUGACGGCUUUACGAGAUAAAACCGUAUCAUGGAUACGAGUAUCUGAAGAUGAAAAUUUGGAACUUCUCACAAUAGAUUUGGAUACGCACACAACGGAUUUUAGGUACAGGGUAGACUUAGCUGGUGAGAACUGGAAGCUGGCACUAGCUGAUGCGAAGGUCCAGGAUUCCGGAGUAUAUUGCUGUCACGUUUCCACACACCCGCCUAUGUUGAGGCGGUAUAAACUGACUGUGCAUCCGCCUUCAAUAAAAAUGAGUAAAGAAGCGUUCCUCGAAACCGGGGAGACUUUAUCCCUGAAAUGUGCAAUUCUCCACUUGUACCCUGGAGAGGCCGUGCCCGAGAUGCAUUGGUAUCGAGGGAACAGCACCGUGUCUCUGGACGAGAUCCGAGGAGGCGUGCUUAUAGAAACCGAUCAGCUGACUUUGACGAGCCAUUUGCAGGUGGCGCGUCUGAAAGUGGAGGAUGCUGGGAACUACACCUGCGCCCUGGAAUCGCCUGUGCAGAUGAGGGCGACUACUAGAGUCCACGUUCUGCAAGGAUCAAGCCUGGCAGAAUUACAAAGCGGUGUGAAAACCACUACAAGCUACUUGAGUUUGCUGCUAACAUCACUGUUGGUUGCACUCUGGACCCGGUACGAAGACAUAAGGUGACCUAUUUAGACGAUAUAGGGAAUUCGUUCAGACGGAUUGGGUAGCAAGAAUUGAAAUUUAGAUGUGUAGUGCAAUGGAAUUGUAAGUGGUUACGACAAUUUGGUCCUUCGAUACGAA